ACAAAAACAAAUUAGAGCCUUUUAUUUUUGAAUUGUUUUAUAAAAGGAUUAUACAAACUCUGUAAGCUCUGUACCUUUGUUAAGCAGGACACUCGACCCGGAACUGUGACUCGAGUUUUGAAUCCCAACCAUGUUCAAUCUAUUGCGUGCAAUUUAACAAUAUUAAAAAUGUUGGCUGCACCACUGCCUGUCCCAACUCUUCAUCAACCGCUCCACUCUAAGGUCUCCAACUAUCUCAACAAUCAACGUCGCACUGGACAAUUUUGCGAUUUACUCUUGGAAUUGGAUUCAGACGAAUCUCUGGCAGCUGCUGCCCAUUUUUGUGUAGUCGCUGCCCAAAGCCAAUUGAUUGGGGUCAAUCAGAAGCAGCAGCAAUUUUCCAUACACAAUCCGCUUAAAGUGACGAUUAGAAAUUUUCACUGUACCCAAUGUUUGCAAACCAUAGUGGAUUUCUUCUACGAGGACAUUGUAUCCGUGUCCAAAGAGCAUGAGAGCCAUUUUCGGGAAUUGGCCAAAAUAUUGGCAGUAACCGAAUUAAUGAAUCUGUAUCAAAUAGAGCCCGAGGAACCACAAGAAGUGAGCAAUAAUCAAAUAGACGAAGAGAAAUUACAGCAAAAAGAGCCAACUAAAAAACCAGAUGAUGUUUUUGAGCAACAGCAAAGUUAUUUCAAAUUGAAGAAUCCACGUGCAGUAAAGUCUAGCAGUAAGAUUAACUAUUGCAUUGGAUGCGAUUUUAAGUGCUAUCAGGUCCAGCAGAUGAUUGAGCACAUGAGCAGCUGUGAACCAUCCCAUUUGACAUGUUCUCUGUGCGAAGUUGGUUUUCUCGAUUGGCGGGAAUACGAUACCCAUCUUCGUCGACAUUCCGGCGAUUUACGGAAACCCUUCUUUUGCCUGCAAUGUGGAACCCGCUUUACCACACGAGCUGCUUUGUUAGUUCAUCUGCCUAAACAUUCUACAGAGACACCACAUCUGUGUCCGCAUUGUGGCAAAGGCUUCAAAUGGAAACAGGGCCUUACCAAUCACUUGCUAGUUCACAAUCCUGAAAAACAAAUGCUUUGCGAUGUCUGUGGAUAUAGUACAACCCACAUGAAGGCACUCAAAUCACAUAAACUCUUGCAUACAGGCGAAUAUUUUGCCUGCACUGUGGCUGGUUGUAAACAUCGCGCCAAUCGCAAAGAGAAUAUGAAAUUGCAUAUUGAAACCCAUAAACAGGGUCGGGAUUUCAUAUGCGAAAUAUGUGGUUGUAAAUUUAGUCAAAGCAAGAAUCUAAAACGACACGCCCUAAAACACACCGAAAAUGGCCUGAAUCGUUAUAAAUGUCAAUUGUGUAGCUUUUCAUCGCAUCGAUCUGAUAAAAUGAAAGAACAUGUUCAUCGUGUCCAUACCGAGAAAGCUGUUCAAUUGGAAUUGUCCGAAAUAGUUGAUAGUCCAUUUGAAAAUAAAAUGAUGUCCGAUGAGUUUGAUCUUCCUCUGUUAGAUAGUAGUUUGCCAUCAAGUACAUUGGAACUCAAAGGCAAAGUUACUAAAGGCUCAAAGGGAGAAAAACCUGCGUCAAUAUCGACACAAAUCACUGGCGAGAAACGUUUGAAAACGCUGCUGCCCAAAAAAAUACUGAAAUAAAGAUUGAUUCUUAGUAAUAUUUUCGUAAAGUUAAGUUAGAAUUAUACGAAAAAUAAUAUCGAAUGAAAUUCCACUGCAAAGGUAAUAUUAAAAUUGACUAUAAAAAUGAUUUGUCUUAAGAAAAAGUCAUUUAGUUUUAUCUUAUUUGCUUUAAGCCGUCGAAUGAGCACGCAACAACAGUAAAUUUUAUACUUACUUGAAAAUGGAAAUAUUUUGGUUUAUAAUAUAUUUUCAAAGAAAAACUUGGUUAUAUAGUUUAAUGUUUAAAUAUAGCACGAUGUGUGGUAAAUAUUUUAGAAUUUAUUUUAUUGAAUAAUGUUAUUUAUAUAUUCCUUAAAAUCACAAAUUGCCAGAAAGGAUUUUCGGGAUUAUCCGAUAAUUUAAUUAUUUUAUUAAAGUUAAUUUAAACUAAUUCUAGAUCCGAGUGGAAUGUGA